AUGCACACAGUAAUCAGAUGGCGACGCCCAUCAGAGAUUGAGUCCUCUCGAUCUUUCAGCGGAGCCAACCCCUGCAGCAACCUUCUAGGCAACUCCAUCUGUUACGUCAUAUCCGGCUGCCUGCUUCUGGUCGUCGGAGUCAUUAUCACGUCCUUAACUUUCCAGAAUCUGGACGGAACUAGCGCCGAGAACAAAGAAAGGUACGCAGGGCCAGUUCUGAUAGCUGCUGGAGCUCUGGUGAUGGCGCGAGGGGCGCUGAGUCGACUGUGGCCCCGACGUAGGACUAUGUCGGCCCGAAGGAGGUCGUUGCUGCGCCGAUACAUCAGGGAAAUUUACAAUAGACCAAUAUUUGCCUUGCAGAACAGCUCAUCAUUUAGCCUGUGUGACAUCCAGGUAUCGGACCUGUGCCACGUGACCUCGCGAACACGUCUCUACAGCGAUGACCCGCCUUCUUACGAGAUAGUGACGAGUGAUGAAUACCAUGUUCACGCCUAUACCAAUCCAGCCAGUGAUGGCGACGAUGAGGAGCAUACAGACACGACUGAUCCACCAGUACGAAUGGUGAUUAGUCCAAGUCCUGAACCAACCCCGCCCUCUGAAGAACCUUGUCCGCCCCCGACAUAUGAAGACUAUAUGAACUCAACUAUGAAAACAACGAGUUUAUGA